ACCAACACCCGCAACUCAAUGUCACACUCCAUUGUCUUUCUAAUUCAAACACCAACAUCAAUCCAACUUUGAGCAACUUCCUUCAUAAAUAACCAUAGCAGCAGUACUUAAAUCGAGCACAUCCAUCCUCGACUUUUCUCGUUUUUCUCUCGUCGGUGCUGCCAGUCGAAAAUCCUGCUCAUUCCGCUCACCUGAAACCGAUCGCUGUAGAAACCUGAAAUCACCCGUCGACCUCAGGAUCCGCAGCCUUGGUCGGUGUAAGUACUGCCCGCACCGAAGAAAGCAUGUCGGCGUACCGUCAGUUCGUGUGAUUGUUUCGGCCAGGUGAGAGUGCUCGAGCGGUGUUUGGUAGUUUGUAGUCUGCAGCGCGGAGGAAAAACUUGGGAAACCGAAAGGUACUGCAGAAGUGCAAAUUCUCGGGAACGGAACCACCGUGGAUUGUGUUAAGUGAUUCUGGACCACCGAAGGCCGAAACGUCGCUGCGACAACAGUAGAAAGUGAUUUGUGUCAAUGGUCGCUGCAUUCUGAUGAUAUGCUGGGUGCCGAGCAAGCUGGACUGAAUGCUGGGCGUCAUGCUUUAGCGUGGGUACUAGGUCAAACCGAUAUAUGGUACCUACUGUACCGGUGCGCUAAUUAUGUUAGUAAGGGGCACGGUCAAUCACCCAGCAGCGUAUCAAUUCUAGACAACCUUUUCACUCUGGACGAAGACCAUUUCGACCAGGAAGAAGAGGAUUUCAACAGACAGUUCCUGCAAGGAAGAGCAGAAACCCUCAACAAUGGGGCCCUCAGCCUGUCGCCCCCGCACAUCAUCUCCCAGCGCGAGAACCUGCAGGUGAUGCAACCCGCCAGCGCCCCUGGCUCGCCUCCCUCAAGUCCCUGUGUAUCGCCCGUGGGCCCCCCGGGCACCCUCGACCCCAACUGGCAGGCAUCCAAGCCCACAGUCCGCGAACGCAACGCAGCCAUGUUCAACAACGACCUGAUGGCCGACGUGCGGUUCAUCGUCGGCAGCCCCGGCUCGACCCAGGACAUCCCCGCACAUAAGUACGUCCUCGCCACGGGCAGCUCCGUCUUCUACGCAAUGUUCUACGGGGGGCUCGCAGAGUGCAAGGAAGAAAUCGAGGUACCUGAUGUCGAACCGUCUGCGUUUCUUACGUUACUCAAAUACCUGUACUGUGAUGAAAUCCAACUCGAAGCGGACACGGUUCUAGCGACUUUGUACGUCGCGAAAAAGUACAUAGUGCCCCAUCUGGCACGCGCCUGCGUCAACUAUCUCGAAACGAGCCUGACGGCAAAGAACGCCUGUCUCUUGCUCAGCCAAUCGCGUCUCUUCGAAGAGCCCGAGCUGAUGCAAAGAUGCUGGGAAGUGAUAGACGCACAGGCCGAGAUGGCCCUAAAGUCCGAGGGCUUCGUCGACAUUGACAUGUCGACCCUCGAGUCGGUCCUCGGUCGCGAGACUCUCAACUGCAAGGAGAUGAACCUCCUCGAAGCCGCCCUCAACUGGGCGGGCGCCGAGUGCGCCCGCCAAGACAUCGACCCCACCCCCCAAAACAAGCGCUCCGUCUUGGGCAGCGCCCUCUAUCUGAUCCGCAUCCCCACAAUGACCCUCGACGAGUUCGCGAACGGGGCCGCGCAAAUGGGCAUCCUCACCCAGCAGGAGACCAUCGACAUAUUUUUUCACUUCACCGCCAACAACAAACCGGCCCUGCAGUACCCGAUCAAGCCGCGGGCCGGCCUCAAGUCUCAGGUCUGCCACCGGUUCCAGUCGUGCGCCUACCGGUCGAACCAGUGGCGGUACCGGGGGCGGUGUGACAGCAUACAGUUUUCGGUGGACCGACGGAUAUUCGUGGUGGGGUUCGGGCUGUACGGGUCGUCGAACGGGGCCGCGGACUACAGUGUGAAGAUCGAGCUGAAGCGGCUGGGGCGGGUGCUGGCCGAGAACAACACCCAGUUCUUCUCGGACGGGUCGAGCAACACGUUUCACGUUUACUUUGACAAUCCGAUUCAGAUCGAGCCGGAGAGUUUCUACACGGCGUCGGCCAUUUUGGACGGGGGCGAGCUGAGCUACUUCGGGCAGGAGGGCAUGAGUGAGGUGACGGUCGGGCAGGUGACAUUUCAGUUUCAAUGUUCCUCGGAAAGUACAAACGGAACGGGAGUACAAGGAGGUCAAAUUCCGGAACUUAUAUUUUACGGACCGUCUUACGAAGAACAUUAGGCGGUCGUGUCUGUUUUACGUUCGCUCGUUAUGUGAGAUGUUCACUUUCUGUUUGUUUAAAGUGCUGUGAAUUAAGGGACUUUUAUUUAUGUUUAGUUUAAGGUGAUUUUUUUUUUACGUUUUAUAACUGUAACCAAACUGGAUAUCUCCAAAAGAUGUUGUGUUCACAUGAUGACAAAUUGUAAAUAUCUUGUUUAAAACUAUGAUAAAAUUAUAUAUUCCCAUGAAGCUUAAUCAUUAGAUAUUUUUCGAAACGUCUUACAGAUUUAUGCCUGUAAUUAAACUGUUAAAGUGAUAACGUGUACUGGUUAUUACAUUUAAGGUUAGGUUAAGACUAAAUUCAGUUUGUUGUAUAGUGCUUAGGGUGCUGUAUGACGCCGCUGAGUCCAUGGAUUAACCGAACAGGGUUUGAUGAAUACAGACGUGUAAACAUAACAUAGCUUAGGCUUUUCUUUACUGUUUUGUUAUAUGAUGAUAUUUUCAGAGUAACUAUUAGCAUAGCAAUAUUUAUAAGGGCAAAUUUUUGCUUACAUUGCCAUGAUAUUCGUUACUACUUAUGUGAUACAGAAACUAAUUUGAUAAAUAUAUAUCUUGGUAGUUU